ACUGCUGCCCACAGAUAUAUAAGUAUCGUGGUCCGUUGAACCCUCAGACGCCUACACACAUUCACCUCGCCUACGACAUCAGACAAGGAUACUCGCAACAUCACAUUUUCACAUCUCGCAGCGCUGAACACUAUCAAUUCAUUGAAUUGUUGAAGAUGUCUAAUCCAAAUUCAACCUCAGUGAGCCUAAGGCAAACAUCAGAGAACUCCAACGCACAAGUAUCGAGGAGGAACGAAGAUAUCGAGGUGGCGCCCAAGCUCCAAGGUAGCGAUCUUCCCGACCCAUACAGGAUCCGGGUCGGUCUCAAGACAGACGACGAGCUCUCACAGCUUCGUCAUCGUCGUAGGACUGGUAAACGACUCGAGAAAUUUCAUAGAAAGCAGAAUGACCUCAUUCAAUCAUUGCUGAAGCCUAUGGAAGAACAUACACAAGAGGCGAAAGAAGAUGAAGCGAAUUUCCAUUUUUCUGUUAGGGUUGCAGUCUGGGCAAGUCUUUGUGCCAACUUCAUUCUCUGUGUACUUCAGCUAUAUGCUGCUGUGUCAUCUGUCUCCUUAUCCCUCAUCGCAACAGGGAUUGAUGCUACUUUCGAUUUUGGAAGUAAUAUCUUUCUAUACUGGACUCACAAGAAAGCACUGUCAAUGGAUAUCAACAAAUGGCCUGUUGGUGGCUCCCGACUUGAAACCAUUGGAAACGUAGUCUACGGUUCACUCAUGGCUUCGGUCAAUUUGGUUGUUAUCGUCGAAUCCGUCCGCGCACUCAUGGCUCAAGAAAAAGACAACGGUUUUCACAUCCAGGCAAUCAUCGCAGUGGCAGCUGCGCUUGCGGUCAAAUUCGUCCUUUUCUUAUAUUGUUUGGCCCUCAGAUCAAAGUCUAGCCAAGUGCAGGUCUUAUGGGAGGAUCAUCGAAAUGAUCUUUUCAUUAAUGGAUUCGGUAUCCUGAUGUCUGCUGGAGGAAGUAGAUUACAAUGGUGGCUGGACCCCGCUGGCGCUAUCAUUAUUGGCGCUGGAGUCAUCAUUACCUGGAGUCACACUAUCUACGAACAAUUUGGAUUCUUGGCUGGGAAGUCUGCGCCACACCACUUCCUGCAGCUCAUCAUCUACAAAGCUAUGACCUUCAGCGAUGAGAUUGAGAAAAUUGAUACUGUACGGGCGUACCACAGCGGACCUGACUACAUCGUCGAGGUGGAUAUCGUCAUGGACGCUACUACCCCGUUGUGGAAGGCACACGAUAUUAGCCAGCAGCUGCAGGAUAAGAUUGAGGUGCUUCCGAAUGUCGAGCGUGCCUUUGUGCACGUCGAUCAUGAGACGACUCAUGCCCCUGAACAUCGGAAGAUUUUGUAGGCGAAAGGCAGCUAAACGAACGUGGAAGUGCUAUCAGUAUCUAUAAGAAUGCGAUGUCUUGUUUACUGGAUACACUGUUGAUUGUCUGUUGUAUUCGUGUAGUCGUACUGCUGCGGGGCUCUCCUUCUGUAGUGUCCUUAUAUAGUUUGCCUGCUGAUCGGACUUCAUGCACAUGAUGGGAAGAUCGA